AUGGCUCAGGCGAAGGAGAAGAAGGACAUGAACGCUCACCCGUUCUUAUUCGAAGACUCUUUCCAGGUGAAGAAUGUGGACGACUCGCGAUUCGAGCGGGCGGGACGGAUGGACUGUGAGUCCGUCGCCUUCACCACUAACAAUCUCGAAAUAGACAUCAACCACAUUAUCUACCCAGUGCAGGGUGGCGACCAAAUCUACGUUGCGAUAACCCGCAACGUGAGCCCUGCGGAUGAUCCCAGGAAGCUGAAUACUGCGUACGACCACGAUCCUCGGCUACUCGGGCGCUCAGUGAUGGACCACUUUGACUAUGUCAUGUACGGCAAGGUCUACAAGAAGGAAGUCAAGAAGGAAGAAAACCUAGCGACGGUGUGGGCAUCCUACGGCGGUCUGCUGAUGAAGCUUCGAGCGGAGGCUGCUCAGCUUGCGGACUUCCAUCUGAACGACAGCAUCUACUUCAUGAUGCGCAAGGUGCAGGCCGAUGACAUGGACAUUUCGACGAACGAGUUACAGCAAGCCAACUCAGCGACACUGGACCGUCUCUGCUUGAUCUCUCAGUGGCAACUCCCGCUUUCGCAUGAUCCAGUGCGGCGGAAGCCAGUGCCGUCAGGACCCAUGUUUGACUGUCCAUGGUUUUGUUGGGUUUUCUUUGCCGGAGCCUGUCAAUACUCCCGCAAACAUUGGUAG